AUGAGCAUCGUCAAGCAGCGUGAAGCCGCGACUGGCAGGACUUCUGGAAGCCUCACGAGCAAAUGCUCGUUGGCCGCGUGCCCAGACCCCUCGACCGUUAGGUCAUUUUGUGGCAACUGCGUGCCCACGGGAGAUCCGUGGUUGGGCAGCGCCCUCGGCGCUGUAGAGUCUCCGAGAGCACUGUGCACUUGGAACGCCUUGCGACCUCGCAAGUUCCCAUGUCUUGCACACCCCAGGCAUGGCCCGCAGACCGGAAAGGAGCUUCGCCAGGGGCACAGCUCAUCACGCCUCCCAUGGACCCACACCGUGGAAAGCGGGCAUAGGCAGGCAGGCGUUGCAGUGUGCAUUUCGGAGGCCGCAUCUGCUCUGGACCGUGUCCACUUCGCUGCCCAACAUCAAGGGGGCUUGCUGCGAGGCCCACAAGUGACGUCCUUGUUGUGGCUCCCGUCGCCUGUCACAGCUGGUCGCCUGGCUGUCCUUGGCGAGUGCGACGGGUCGCUGGUGAUCUGCGAGCUGCAGCUCUGCGCUUCGUUUGUGGAGGCGCCGGGUCUGGCGAGCGCGUUCCACUUCCCCGGCUCUUCACAAGCAGCCACCGCCGUUCCGCCGUCUGGACCGGGCGAGCUAACCGUCUGGUCCGAGGCUGGGUGGUUCUCGUUCUUCGGUGGACAGCUGAGGGCCAGCAUCGAGGAGUCCGGGGCCAUGGACGCGAUCUCUUCGACGUGCUAUGGGCCGCUUGCGGCCCUCCCCAGGUUCUUCUAA